AUGAGUGAUGGAACCAAAAGUCUAGUUGACGAACAGUUUGUGCGGGCGCUCGCAAAGGUUCUUCCCAAGCUGCCCGGUGACUUUGUCUUCCACCACUACCAUACUAAGAAGCGUCAGUGCAAGCGGUCUCUCAUUUUCCAGGACGAUGUUCUCGAUGGCUUUGACGAGGGAGAUGAUGCGGAGGAGGCGAAGGCAGCCGAUGAGUCAGCUGAUAAGCCUACUGGGUCCACUGAAUCCGAUGAACUCGAGAAGCUACCUGAAGCAAAGAGAGAAUCUGUUUCUGACUCUGGGACAACUGAGGCCAAGGACAACGAACAGAAGCCUGUGACUGGGGUGGAGGAGGAUGGAGUGGAGGAGGAUGGAGUGGAGGAGGAUGGAGUGAAGAAGGUAUCCGAAUCGGGUUUCAAAGGAGCUGGCUCUUUGGAUGGGGACAAGACCGCUUCUAAGUAUACAGACGCCGCCGAAUCCAAAACCAUCAAAACUGUCCCCCCAGAGAUCUUGGAACGACGAAAGAAACAUACUGUGAUCACCCACAUGUUUGUCUUGUCGUACGAAAAUACCAUUCUCUUCGCGCUCGAAAUCUACACCUUUUACGAUCCCACAGGAGUCACUCUGUUUGUUUCAAAGGCAGACACCACUGGCCAGUCUCCCCUGGUUGACGGCGAGUCUGUCCGAGUGUCGAUGAAAGACGUUUCCAGAGCCAUCAUCGAUGUGCUUCUCAAGCAUCAUCCCGGCCAGCGGGUCCGUAUCUGUCUUUUUGCCCGACCCGAAAAGCAAUACCUUUUCCCUUUCUCGGCUGACUACCCCAAAAAGCAUUUCCUCAGCGGCCCUCAGCUCACAAAGUGGUGGAUAGCCUGUCUGGACGGUCUCCUCGAUGACUUUGAGAACCCCACUGCCACUCUGCGUAUCCCCGGCGCAGAAAACCGAACAAUUCAGAGCUUCCUCGAGGGCCUUCCUAGAUGGACCAUGGGCGACAUCUUCAAGUACCAGAAGCCCGAGGUCGGAGAAGUGCCUGAAUCUGACGCCAAACUCGCCAUCUACCAACUCCCCCGGUUCCCUGAUGACCCCAAAUCUCGAUUCCUCGACUUUCUCGCGUCUGAAGGACGAACUACAACCUGCAGCAUUGAAAUGUUCUGGGAAGAGAUCCAGGGCCGCCAGGAGUUCAAUGCCGGAAUAAUGGUCGGUCUAAUGGGCGUUGACGGCGUUGUGAAGGGCGAAACACAGCCUGAAACCGAACCUGCAUCUUCUCUGUCGUACAAGGAGUUCAAAAACGUGCGAGAAAUCAUCACCGAGUCGGAUUACACAACUACCGAACUCGUCAUUGACGCCAACAGAGAACUAACUGAGGAUGGACCAGCGCAGAGCCGUGUGGGCUUCAAGGGACAGCUGGAACGAGCUGCUCCAGUAGCGUCGGAGCUCAAGCGAGCCCCCGUCGUCAACACUCUCGACAUGAACCUGGUUAGAAAGAAGAAGAAGACUAACUAA